ACACUGGACAGCAACUAUUCAUACACAACUGAAACGCCAUACGUAAACCAAAUAUCACAUCUUGAUGAUAAGUUGCAUAAAGACUUCUAUGGCCUUUGGAUUGCUCUUAUCACCGUCAACACAUUAAUAUUCCUGGUGGGCAUUGUACUGAAUAGCUUGGCAAUCUAUGUGUUUUGCUUUCGAACCAAGACAAAAACCACAUCUGUCAUUUAUACAAUAAACCUGAUUGUAACUGAUCUGCUUGUGGGACUCUCGUUGCCGACACGUAUCAUUAUGUAUUACAGUGGAGAAAAAUGUGUAAACUGUUCCUUUGUGCACAUUUUCACGUACUUUGUUAAUAUGUAUUGCAGCAUACUCUUUCUGACUUGCAUCUGUGUAGACCGUUAUAUGGCUAUUGUGCAGGUGGAAGCAUCACGCAGGUGGAGAAAUGCAAAUUAUGCCAAGGGGAUAUGCGUCUGUAUCUGGGCCUUUGCUGUUGUGGUCACACUUACCAUCUUGACUGCUGCAAUAAACCAUCCUUCAUGUUGCCUUUUCCAGCUGUUUUCGUUAACCGUUUUUGAAUAUUUUGUUCCACUCAUUGUUAUAACCUUCUACACGUUAAGGAUCAUGUGGGCUUUGUCCAGAUCAACUUUAAUGAACCAAAGUCGUGAGAGGCGUAUAAAAGCUAUCCAGCUCCUUAUCACUGUGCUUGUGAUCUUUACAGUCUGUUUCACGCCCUUCCAUGUUGGCCAGGUGGCUACCUGUCUGAAACCAUCUAUGGACCGAGAUGUCAGUCUAAUUGUCUACCAUGUCACAGUAACACUGAGCAGUUUAAACAGCUGUAUGGAUCCUAUAGUGUAUUGCUUUGUCACCAACAACUUUCAGUCAACUAUGAGAAGCAUAUUCAGGAAACACCAACAUGAGCAAAUGAGUAUGGACAUUGUUAGCCUUCAUAAAAAUUCCAAAGGAUCUGGGACGAUAACAGCCAUAUCAAAUGCAAUAGUGAAUCUUCCUUUACAAAGCAGCAAUCUCAUCUAG